UCGGACCCCAACAACCGCUUCUGAGUCCUGGGAGUUGUAGGUCCAGCCGGGCCUUUUGGAGAUUUUUCUGGAAAUUUUUGAAAAUCAUUUCGACAGAGUUAGAGCUUAAUCAAUGCUCCCCAACCUCUAGAGCUGCCAGGAGCUUCCCGGCUGCUGGACUACGGGGAACGGACUCCUGAGAGGCUCCCUUUCCCACCUUUCCUCCUCCAGGAAGAGCCCUGGCCUGGCCUAAUGAAGCCUGCCGGUGGCCAUUCCACAAAGCAGACCCCGGAUGCGGAGGUCCCCGGGCCAACUGCCCAAGAACCUGUAGAGCCAGAGAGGACAGAAGCUACUCCAUCUCCACCUGGAGUCUCAGGAAAAGAUGUCCAGAAGACGGCUUCUGCUCCUCUGGAACAAGUAGAGCCAGGCCAAGAGAAUACGAGCGGUACUUUGUCUCAGAUAGAGUAUCACUCUUCCACCCAUUACUAUUCCUGUUCCUCCUUGCGUACCAAAGCUCAAGAGGAGAAUUCAGGGCAGGUCCAAAGUGUACUGUACACCCGCGUAAAGACCGUGCAAGGUGUGGCCAUUGAGUGGGAGACGGAGGCCGGUUUUGAGCCCGUGUGCAAGAAGCCCAGGGUCUGCGAAGCGGAGUUCUUUGCCGAGCAGAGGCAAGAACAAGACUCGCCGGUGACGGACAGCAUCUCUACCAGCUCCCGGCUGAACGACCAGGACCUCUGGAUGGAAAAUCUCUCCCAGGACCAUGACGAAGCGGGAACCUCAGCUCCGCAGGAGACAGCCGAGGAGGUCCGAGAGACCCCAGACUGGCUCUCGACGACAGACUACGGGUUCCGUUGCAUGGCCUGUUGCAGAGUCUUUCCUUCCUUAGAAGCCCUCCUGCAGCACGCCAAGCAGGGGGUCCAGGAGGGUUUCAGCUGCCAUGUUUUUUACCAAGAGAUGAUCAACAGGAGGAUGGCCCAAGAGGAACACGCCAUCAAUGAAGCUGAGGGUGGAUCCCAGGGGAACCAACAGGCCAAAGGUCCCACAGUGUCCCACUCCCACAGAGACAAGCAGUGAGCCGGGAGUUCGCACACCCAGGGGGACUAGACAAACCUCCUGGGCACCGCUGCCAACCCCCUCGCUGCCCAUUCAAGAACCUGCCACGUCGACCCCACAAAAUCCGAAGAGUAAACCAAAGCACUAUGCCCGCCUCCUGGAGCGAAUUAAAGGUGAACUCUGAGUCUCUCUUCAGCAGGGGUUGAACUAGCCCCAGCACAAAACCACGGAGGAGAAAAAAGCUGAGAAAGAUCAACACAUCUUACAUAUAAGCAGAGAGGAAAGAGGAGAGUCACUGUUGCUGGAAAGAGGUAGAAAUGACUUCUGAAGGCUGCCAAGUCAAAGAGGAGAAUGUGCAUGACUCCCCAGUGGCAUUCGGUGUCCUGCAGAUCUCCGAAGGACAGGAGGGAGAUCCAGGAGAACAUUAAAUAGAACCUAGAGGAAUAUACCAGAGAUCCAGUGUUCAUGAAUGGGAGUGAUUCAUCUGUCCCUGUGGAACAUGAGGAGAUGGGAUCUCUCUGCCUAAGGGGAAUCAGACACGGCAGCAUCUAUUUCCAUAGUGAUGGGACUGCAUAAAAGAUGGAUCCAAAGUGAAAUAACCACCUGGAUCUGAGGCUCAAAGAAGAAAGUUGCUUGCAUUUUCACUGUCGUUUUCGUGCAUCUUUCAUUCUCCCUUUAAACCAAAUACAAAUUUAAAGACUCCCUCA